AUGCUGUCAGCAAAGGAAGAUGUUGAUAGGUAUGCUGUCAGGGAAGAGUAUAAAAUGUUUGAUGAAUCCUUAUUUUCUGAACAAUUCCAAUAUGCGAAAAGGGAGUAUUCUCCUGAUGACAUAGCAAAGUGGAUAGAAACUCACAAAUCAAAGAUUAGUGAAUCUUCAGACAGCAAGAAGGGCAAAGUUUAUUCAAUUCACAAGCUUGCAUUUCUUAAUGCUAGUCAUUUAUCCAGUGAACUAAUCCAAAAAGUGUUGCAUGAAAACGAUAUUGACCCUGCUCAAAGUUGUUUGAGGUUUGAGCAGGACAAAGAAGGAUUGCAAUCUGUUGCAAAUGCGUUAGGAGCUUGUGAAGAUGCAUACUUGUCGUUAGUGGAUUCCAAGAAUGAAAACACUGGGUUUAUUGUGGCUAAAAGAAACAAAGCUUCUGAUACCAAUUCCUCGUUUGAAUUUAUAUACGACGAAUUUCAUCCUUUCAAACCAUAUAAAGCUAAUCAAGAAGAUUAUCAAUACACCGAAGUUUCUGGUUAUAACAAAACCUUGGAUAGAUUUUUCUCAACCCUUGAGUCAAGCAAGUUUGAAUUAAAGGUUGAACAACUCAAGCAAACCGCAGCAAAAAGAUUGGAUAAAGCUAAAAGUGAACGAGACAAGCAGAUUCAAAGUUUAUUGGAGCAACAAGAUCUUAAUGCCAAGAAGGGUGAAUUAAUUCAAUAUCAUGCUGAUUUAGUGGAUGAUUGUCGUGCAUAUAUCCAACUGUUCUUGGACCAGCUGAUGGACUGGACUAAUAUUGAAACAGUUCUUGAACUUGAAAAGAAAAAGAAUAAUAAAUUAGCUAAAGCAAUUGGAUUGCCAUUAAAUUUGAAAGACAACAAGAUCAAGGUUUUACUUCCUGAAUUUGAAGAUCCUGAGUCUGAGGAAAACUCUGAUUCAGAUUCAGAUUCUGAAACUGAUUCUGAAAGUGAAAGUGGUUCAGAAUCUGAAGAUGAAGAUAAUUUCCCCAAGAGAGUUUCUAAGAAACCCGCCAAUAAAAAGGAAAAGAAAUCAAAUGUUGUACCAACUUGGAUUGAUCUAUCAUUAACUUCAUUUGCUAAUGCUAGAGCAUACUUCGACACUAAAAAGACUGCAGCUACUAAGCAAGAAAAAGUGGAAAAGAGCACCAAGAUCGCUCUCAAGAAUGCAGAAAGGAAAAUCACCCAUGACUUGACCAAGAACCUUAAACAAGAAAAUGAUUCUUUAAAACAAAUGAGACCAAAGUAUUGGUUUGAAAAGUUCUUCUGGUUUGUUACCAAUGAAGGAUACUUAUGUUUGGCAGGAAGGGAUAAUGCCCAGGUUGAUAUGAUCUAUUAUAGGCAUUUCAGUGAUAACGAUUGUUUUGUCAGUUCUGACCUUGAAGGAUCAUUGAAGGUCUUUGUUAAGAAUCCUUUGAAAGGUGAAACUGUGCCACCUUCGUCUAUUAUGCAAGCAGGUAUUUUUGCCAUGUCAGCAUCUAGUGGUUGGAAUGGUAAAGUUACAACAUCAGCAUGGGUACUUCAUGGUGAUGAGAUUUCAAAACGUGACUUUGAUGGCUCUUUGAUUGCUUCGGGUGAGUUUAGAUAUACUGGCAAGAAAGUAUAUUUACCUCCUGCCCAGUUAGUUAUGGGAUUUGGUCUUUACAGUUUAGUUGAUGAAGAAUCGACAAAGAGGUAUGCGGAUGCUAGAACUUCAAGAGAAAAGGAGCAUGGUUUUAACAUUGUUAUGGAUAAUAAGAAGCGGGAACUUGAUAUGCUUAAGGGUAGCAAGGAAGCUACUCCUGUUGGUGAAGCUGACAAGUCUAACAAGGACGCUACUUUAGAUCAAGCUGGUAGUGCAUUUGAAAAAGAAUCAGAAGGAGAAACAGUCCCUAGCGAAGAUGCAUCUGAAAUCACCGAAUCUGACUUGGAGUCAGUAACUGCAUCCGAAGCAACUGCAUCCAAGAAAAAUAAACCAUUAUCUCGAGGAAAGAGAUCUAAGCUCAAGAAAAUAGCAGCCAAGUAUGCAGAUCAAGAUGAAGAAGAAAGAAGAUUAAGAAUGGAUGCUUUGGGUACUCUUAAACAAAUUGAACAAAAGGAGCAGCAAACCAAGAGAGAAGUUUUGGAAAAGAUGGAAGCUACCAAGCGUAUGCAAGAAAUGCAAGCAGUUAGAGAAAGAAGAAAGAAACAAGACGAAAAGGAAUAUCAGAAGUAUCUUAGUAAUGAAGUUGAUAGUGAUGAAUCCCAUGUCACGAAUUAUUUGGAAAUAUUGGAUUCUUUUGCACCCAAACCAUCCACCAAGGAUGAAAUAAUCAGUAUGGUUCCUGUUUUUGCUCCUUGGAUUUCAUUGCAAAAGUUCAAAUACAAGGUAAAGAUUCAACCAGGUAGUGGUAAGAAGGGAAAAUGUAUUGGAGAUUCAUUAAAUUAUUUUACCACUAGAAAAAUGGAUCCUUCUAGUACCGAUACAGAUUUAGAUUGGCCCCAAGAGCGUGAUUUGGUUAAGGGAUUAAAAACUAAUGAUUUAGUAGGGGUGUUUACAGUUUCAAAGGUUAAGUUGGUAUUGCCAGGAGGAUCUGACAACAAUAAGAAGAAAGGUGGAAAGAAGAAGUAGACUAGACAUGUAAAUAUCCGUGGUUAAUAAUAGAUUCUAUAAAAUUCUG